AUGAAUGUAUUUUUAAGAUUGCUAUACGGUUCGCAAGUAAUUAAUUUAAUAAAGUAAAAGGAGAGUUCGAAUCAAGUUAACAAUUUAAUAAAGUUAACAAUUAAUAAAACGUUGCCUAGUUUAAAUUAUUAGAUUCCUGUAAUUACAUUAUAUUUUCAUUAACUUGUGACCUGAAUGUUACAUAUUUAUUGCUGUUAAAUUUUUAUGCGUCUAUAUAUUUCUCUAAUUAUUGCAAAGUAUAAAUGAACAGAAUAAGAAAUAACAUACGUAUUCUGAAAAUAUAAAAAAUAUAUUAAAUGUAAAAAAAACAAAAUAUACAGUGGAAAUACCACUCUACGUAAUUUAUAUAUUUCGUGGUAACGACGAGUCGAGUGCGCUAUAGCCACAUGAUUAUCUGCCUUUUUCACGUAUAUCGUGUUCUGUGACGUUAAACGUGUUGCAGAGGUAAUGCAAAAAUAUUUUAAUAUUGUUUAAUAGUAUUUUGAAUAUCUACAGCAACGUUUUAACAAAUAUAUUUAAAUAUUUGUUGCAGCAUUUUCAUUAAAUAAUGGUGGCCCAAAAGAAACAGGUAAAUAUACUCUCUCAAAUGUACACGUGCGCUGCUCAAUUUGCGAAGCACAUGUUAAAAUUACUUCUUACUCAAUUAAAGUAUAAUAUAACAAUGCAUAGACACAAUAAUAAGUUUAGUAUUUUGCUUUUAAAUAAUUUUGAAAUUAAACAUUUUUAUCAAUAAGGCCGUAUAGUUCUUUAAUAGCGUUGAUGUUUUAUAGAGGUUAUAAUUCUAAUAAGUGUGUAUUUAUUUGUAUUUAGAAAAAGUCCCAGGAAGGUAUCAACUCCAGGUUGGCCCUGGUUAUGAAGUCAGGGAAAUAUGUCCUGGGCUAUAAGCAAACCUUGAAGUCUCUUCGACAAGGAAAAGCAAAAUUGGUCAUCAUAGCAAAUAAUGCUGCACCUUUGAGGAAAUCAGAAAUAGAAUAUUAUGCCAUGUUGGCAAAAACAGGUGUGCAUCACUACAUUGGAAAUAAUAUAGAAUUGGGUACAGCAUGUGGAAAAUACUUCCGUGUAUGUACUCUUUCUAUCACAGAUCCUGGAAAUUCUGAUAUUAUAAAAUCUAUGCCUACUGAUUUAAACGAGCAUUAUAGUAAAUAUUAUAAUGCAAUUGAAGAAGCGGAGAAAAAUUACAAAAUUUGUAACAACACUAACAACAAUUGUUAUAAAGAUAUAAUUAUAAAUGAUCUAAAAUCUUUUAAGAAAAAGGGUAUAACUAGAGAUUUAAUAAAUGUUGCAAAAGCUAGAGGAACAUUUUAUCAAAUAAUAGAUGGGACAUUAUAUAGACAAAAGGAUUGUAUGUUUCCUUCAAGAUGUUCUGGAAUAGAACAUUUUCUUUUGAAACUUGCUCCUGGACUGACAGAUAUGGAUUUAGUUAUAAAUGUAAGAGAUUAUCCUCAAUCAAAUAAGUAUUUUGGAGGUCCGUUACCUAUUUUUUCAUUUAGUAAGACUUCAGAAUAUUAUGAUAUUACAUAUCCAGCAUGGGCAUUUUGGGAAGGUGGACCUGCAAUUUCUUUAUAUCCCCGUGGCCUUGGGAGAUGGAAUGAACAUCGUACAUCUUUAGAUAAAGCUAGUAAAAACACAUUGUGGGAGAAGAAGAAUAAUAAAGCAUUCUUUCGGGGUUCUAGAACAAGUUUAGAGCGUGAUAAUUUAAUAUUGUUAAGUCGCAAGAAGCCAAACUUGGUAGAUGCUCAAUAUACAAAAAAUCAAGCAUGGAAGUCUAAUGAAGAUACAUUAUACGCACCUCCUGCCUCUGAAGUUUCUCUGGAAGAACACUGUAAAUAUAAGUAUCUAUUCAAUUAUCGAGGUGUUGCAGCGUCAUUCAGGCACAAACAUUUAUUUUUGUGUCAAUCUUUAGUAUUUCACGUUGGAGAUGAAUGGACUGAAUUUUAUUACAAUGCAAUAAUACCUUGGAUACAUUAUAUUCCUAUUUCCAAGAAUGCUAAUCAAACUGUAUUAGAGGAAUUAAUACAGUUUGCGAUAGAUAAUGAUGAAAUGUCUAAAAAAAUCGCAGAUCGAGGAAGAGAUUUUAUAUGGAAUAAUUUAAAAAUAUCUGAUGUCACACAAUUUUGGGAAAAGCUUCUUAAAGAAUAUUCUAAAUUUUUAACAUAUAAAACUACCUUAGAUAAAGAUUUAAUUAAAGUGGAAGGGAAGAAAAGAUCUUAAUAGAUUUUGUUUAAUAUAAAUAAUUUUAUAUAUUUUUUUAUUAAAAUUUUUAUCUUUUAAUGUAAAAUAUCAACUAAUAAAAAUAAUU